AUGUCGAAGUUGUCAGUCCAGGCCCUGUUGAGUGCGAUUCGCUCACUCCACAAAUCGACCGAAUACUCCGAUCUCGCAAUCUUCUGUGGCGACGACAAGUUCACCGUGCACAAGGCCAUCAUUUGUCCUCGAUCACGGUACUUUGCUACAUCUUGCAAAUGGGGAAAGAGUGUUGAUGACAGUAAAAGGGAGCUCACGCUCGAUGACGAUGACCCUAGACUGGUGAAGUUGAUGAUUGACUACUUUUACCAGUUGGACUAUGACGACGCGCCACCGACGGUGCAAAAGGCCGGUGAUGAAGAGAGGAUGAUCAAUGGACGAAGGGAACCAGAAUCACCGGUGGCGAAGACUAUUGAAUUUUUCGAAAGUCUGACUCCAGCAGAUGCUAUUGCGGAUCCAGAGCCUCCCGCCGACUCAUACGUUUACCCCACGCCAGAGAUUACCGUCGGGACAGAAAAUAUUGACGAGCCAAUGACUGCCGUGGAAGACGAAGGUGUCGACCUCGAAACUACCGAACUGAGCACCAAUGCACGUAUGUAUGCCUUGGCAGAUAAAUACGAGAUAGACGACCUCAGAGAGCUCGCUCGUGAAAAGUUCGCCAAUGCCGCCGCUAGAGAUUGGAAGUCGAAGGCAUUCGCGUAUGCUGCGGGCCUCGUGUGCAAGACAACCCCUAGCAAAGGUGAUGUCGGGUUGAGAAAGGUGGUUAUCGAUACAAUCGAUGCGCAUCAGGAAUUGCUGAACUAUGAAGAAUUUCAAGAGCUGCUUGAUUCUGGGAACGGAUUGGCUUGGGAGUUGUUGAAGUUGAUUUGUCGUCAAUAG